UUCAAAUUAAAACCCCUUUCCCAUCUCAUCUAUAAAACCCAUUUUCAGACUCCGAACAUAACUCAUCGAAUUCAUUAGCGAUUUACAUUCUCACUCAAAAUCAAUCUUCUAGAAGUUUCUCUCGAUGGCUCGUACAAAGCAAACAGCUCGCAAAUCCACCGGCGGCAAAGCUCCCCGGAAGCAGCUAGCAACAAAGGCUGCUAGGAAAUCCGCUCCGGCAACCGGCGGAGUGAAGAAGCCACAUAGAUUCAGGCCAGGAACAGUAGCUUUGAGAGAGAUCCGUAAGUACCAGAAGAGCACCGAACUUCUUAUCCGAAAACUUCCAUUCCAACGUCUCGUUCGUGAAAUCGCUCAGGAUUUUAAGACGGAUCUGAGGUUCCAGAGCAGUGCCGUUUCUGCUCUUCAGGAGGCUGCUGAGUCAUACCUGGUUGGACUGUUUGAAGACACAAACCUGUGCGCUAUUCAUGCCAAGAGAGUCACCAUCAUGCCUAAGGACAUUCAACUUGCAAGGAGAAUUAGAGGCGAAAGGGCUUAGUUAUCUACUACAAUUUAAUUUCCAAAUUUAAUUUUGGUAACCCUAGAAUUUUAUAGUUAGUACCAGUAACAGCUUCUAUGUGUGAAUCACAACCUCUAGUUGUAAUACUGUUUGGUGUUGAAUGUUAAUUGCUUCAUCUUUUAUGUCUUUUUA